AUGGUGAGCACGUCCUCUCGUUCUGGGGUGCCUGCCCCCACUGCCCCCAAGUACUUGCGUACAAGCAAGCACUUGUCCACUCCCUCCCCUGUGGCUCCUUGGACCACGUCCUCUCAUUCUUCCAUUCCCACCCCUGUCCCUCGUUCCCCUGUGGCUAAGGCCACGUCCGUUCCCUCUCCCCGUCCCCUUUCCGCGGGUGCGUUGUUCCUGAAAAGGUUCGACGAGAAACACCCAACUUCCACUCGUUCUAUCCCCGUCCCUGUCGCUCGUUCCCCUGUGGCUCCUCGGACCACGUCCUCUCCUUCCGCCCCCCAAAAGACUAGUGCCAACGGCCAUAGCGCCACUUCCCCUCGUUCUUCUCCUUCUGUGGCUCCUCGGACCACGUCCUCUCGUUCUUCUAUUCCCCUCCCUUCCUCUCGUUCUCCUGUGGCUCCUCGGACCACGUCCUCUCCCUCUUCCUCUUCCCUUUCCGCGGGUGCGUCGUUCCUGAAAAGGCCACGUCCACUCGUUCAUCUAUCCCACCCUUCCUCUCGUUCCCCUGUGGCUCCUCGGACCACGUCCUCUCCUUCUGUGGCUCAGGCCACGUCCAUUCCCUCUCCCCGUCCCCUUUCAGCGGGUGCGUCGUUCCUGAAAAGGUUCGACGAAAAGCACCCAUCCACUCGUUCCCCCGUGGAUCUUCGGACCACGUCCAUUCCUUCUCCUGUGGCUCCUCGGACCACGUCCACUCCUUCUGGUAAUAGUCGUCCGUCUCGCCUGCAGGCGUUGCGGGAGGCGUAUUACCGAUCCCGCGAGGCCAGGGCUCGAUCCGAUGCAGCCCUUGCGUCCACCGAGGAUGGAGCAGCUUCGGCUGCGAAGUCCGCGGCUCGCAAGGGUAAGUCGGUGAAGAGUGUCCAGUUUAGCGAGGUCACCACAGUCAUUACCGUUAGUCGGUGGAUUAUCAAAGCGCGCGAUAUCCACCGUUGCUGUUGGUACUAGUCUUUUUCCCCUUUCUUUUAUCCUUGUUGCAGGCUUUUCCUUGAACACUUUCGUUUUCC